CUCCUUCAAAUUAAUUCUUCACACUCCACGACCUGGUACAUCGACGCGGGAAGGGAACUUUGCAACGCCGAAGAGAGGAUAUGCCGCCCCGAAGCGUGUGCUUGAAUGUAUUUACGACUAGUCUUGGCGACACGGCGGUGAGGGACGAUGGGAGUUUGAACAAUGGGAUUCCGGGUGGCAUGGAGAGGAGGGAUAGUGCGCAGAGUGACAUCCCUCGAAGGUCCUCAUCAGGCUCGAUCGCUUCAGCUCCAGCACCCCAAUGGACCCCUCCAAUCUCUGCCAUCAAUCGCGCAGAAAUGUUCAACACGCUGCGGCCCAUGGCUAGCACAGAAAGCAUGAACAUGGCGUUGAGUUCCAAACCUUGCUCAACAUGCUCGGGUCAACCUGCCAGACGCCGCUGCUCUCGCUGCAAGUCGGCCUACUACUGCGACAGGAACUGCCAAAAGUCACACUGGAAGACGCACCGCAACGCAUGCGAGCCAGUAACGCAGUCCUACUCGGCGCCUGCGACACCGAACGUCUCGACGCCUACCAGCCCCUCGAACGACUCUUGAUAGUUCAACGAGCAUGGUCGUCGCUAUAGAUGUCAGCUUUGGUGCGCAGAAAUUGUGAAGACAUGUGAGCAAAAUGUAGAUAUGGAAAGUCAAGAUGAAAGAGCAAGACUUGUUACGAAUAAUGAAUGACUACUGGGUACGGCGAUUGGGGCGUUUACGGUGUAUACGGUAUAGACUAGAAAGAGCGAAAGCAUUCAAUUGCGAGCGAAAUCAAACUCACUUUCAUCUGCCUUCAAUAAA